GGGCCGAGCGAUCGCUUUGCGCCGACACGCCCGCUCGCCAGUCGGGACUACCACGCGACGGGAGCGCGCUUCUCUCAGCGAACAAACCUCGGCCAGACCGUCCGAAGCAGCGGUACAAGGAUUUGCCGUCGUAGCCCGUCGUGAUUCAACAUGGAGGACCUGACGAAAGAGCAAGUGCAGAUGUUGCGCAAGGCGUUCGACAUGUUCGACCGCGACAAGAAGGGCUACGUGCACACCAACAUGGUGUCGGCGAUCCUGCGUACGCUGGGUCAGACCUUCGAGGAGAAGGACCUCAAGGAGCUCAUCUCCGAGAUUGACCAGGACGGCUCCGGCGAGCUGGAGUUCGACGAGUUCGUGGCGCUGGCCGCGCGUUUCCUGGUCGAGGAGGACAGCGAGGCGAUGCAGGAGGAGCUCCGCGAGGCCUUCCGACUGUACGACAAGGAAGGCAACGGCUACAUCAACGUCUCCGACCUGCGCGAGAUCCUGCGCGCCCUGGACGAUGCGCUCACCGAGGACGAGCUGGACGAAAUGAUCGCCGAGAUCGACACCGACGGCAGCGGAACCGUGGACUUCGACGAGUUCAUGGAGAUGAUGACCGGCGACUAGACCAAUGGCCCUU